GUCCAGACUGGACUUCAGUUACAACCAAAACGAAAGUAUCGCGUGUGUGUGUGUGUAAACAGCUCACUCUACUCUGACCUUUGACAUGCACAGCCUGUUGUCUGACCACAGCUGCUGACCUUUGACCCCUGCAGAAGCCAUGACCUCAGUGCCUCUGGCUCCGCCCCCACCAAUAUGUCGCCUUGGUGACGAAGGAGCGCAGCAGCAGAAGCAUCCGGAAGGUCCAGGUCCUGACAGGAGUCUGGACACGGAGGAUCUUCACUGUGAACAGAGUCAUCAACCAGACCAUGGUCCUGCUGCACAGGAUCAGCUGGAGAUGAAGACCACCAAAGGACCAAUGAGUGACCAGCGCAGAAGACGCACAGAGACAGACAGGACAACUCAGCAGGUGUUGGUGGAACUGAAGGAGCUGGUGGUUAACAGGAACCAGGAGCUCCAGUGGCAGGAGACGGCUCGGUGGACAAAGUUUGAGGGAGCCGUGGAGGCGGAGUCCCGCCCCUAUUUGUCCCCACUUUCUUUCCAUUCGCUGCUGGAGCUCAGGAGGACCAUUACCCAGGGGGACGUGCUCCUUGACCUGAAAGAGAGGACGCUGCAGGGCAUCUCAGAGCAGGUGGUCCGUCAGCUGGUCAGGUCCCAGCAAAUCCAGGACCAGGACAGAGACCUGGUCCAGAAUCUGAUCCUCCUGAGACACAGUUGUCUGCGUGAUGAGAAGGACGACGGUUGGUCCAGCAGCCAAUCAGAGCCCUCCAAAGCCCAGUCCAACCACAGAGAGCCUGAAGAGAAGAAGGGGGUGAAGUUGUCAGAGAGGGGUCCAGAGCGAGCCGAGGCCACCUUGGUUCUCGUGGGCAGCCUGGACGGCCUGGACCGUCCCUGUGUGGCCUUUGUCAGGCUGCAGGAGUCGGUUCUUCUGGAGGCGGUUCUGGACGUCCCUGUCCCUGUGAGGUUCCUCUUCCUCCUCUUAGGACCGCCCACCAGCAGCCUGAACUACCACCUGAUUGGACGCUCCAUUUCCACACUAAUGUCUGACACGCGCUUCCACCAGGCUAUGUACCAGGUGGACAACCAGCAGGACCUGCUGGCCACCAUCGACCGUUUACUGGAGUGCAGCGAGCAGGAGGAGGAGGCUGGGCUGCAGAUCUCAGCCAAUCAGUCUCCAGGAGGAACGCCACAGAAACAGGAGGAGGAGCAGAAGAAGGUCAGCGCUGGUCCACAGAAGGAUGGUUCCCCCGGUCCGUCCAAACCCAGGGAGGACCACCUCAAGCGCUCGGGCCGUCUGUUUGGUGGUCUCGUAAGAGACGUGACUCGGCGCUACCCUCAGUACCUCAGUGACAUCACAGACGCCCUCAACCCUCAGUGCAUGGCCGCCGUCAUCUUCAUCUACUUUGCGGCCCUGUCACCGGCCAUCACCUUCGGGGGGCUCCUCGCGGAGAAGACUGAAGGUCUGAUGGGUGUCUCUGAGCUGAUGGUGGCCACGGCCGUGCAGGGAACGGUCUUCAGCCUGGUUGGAGCUCAGCCUCUGCUGGUCAUUGGCUUCUCUGGUCCUCUGCUGGUGUUCGAGGAGGCCUUCUACUCUUUUUGCAGGGUCAAUGGUGUGGACUACCUGACAGGACGGGUCUGGAUCGGGUUUUGGCUGGUUCUUAUCGUUCUUCUGACGGUGGCCUUUGAAGGAAGUGUCCUGGUUGCUCUGGUCUCCCGCUUCACUCAGGAGAUCUUCUCCUUCCUCAUCUCUCUCAUUUUCAUCUACGAGACCUUUGCUAAACUUGUUCAGAUCUUUCAGGAACAUCCUCUCCAGAAUUGCUGUCGAAGGAACACCACAGGAACUCCUUUCACCUGGAACAUCAGCACGGCUGGGGACGGGAAUUCUGGGAAAAUCACCGGGGAACCCAACACUGCAUUACUGUCCCUGGUUCUGAUGACCGGAACCUUCUGUAGUGCCUUCUACCUUCGCAUGUUCAGGAACAGUUCCUUCUUCCCGGGGAGGCUGCGUCGGAUCAUCGGAGACUUUGGCGUUCCCAUCUCAAUCCUGAUCAUGGUCCUGGUGGACUACAGCGUGGACGACACCUUCACUCAGAAACUCAGCGUUCCCAGUGGCUUCUCCGUCUCCAGUCCGGAGAAACGGGAUUGGCUGAUUUCUCCUCUGGGGUCGGACGGACAGUUUCCUGUUUGGAUGAUGGCUGCCAGCGUUCUGCCGGCUGUCCUGGUCUUCAUCCUGAUCUUCAUGGAGUCUCAGAUCACAGCACUGAUCGUCAGUAAGAAGGAGAGGAAACUUGUGAAGGGAACCGGGUUUCACCUGGAUCUUCUCGUCAUCGUGCUGUUGGGCGGAGUCUCGGCGCUCUUUGGACUGCCGUGGCUCUCGGCGGCCACCGUGCGCUCCGUCACUCAUACCAACGCCCUGACCAUCAUGAGCAAAACCUCGGAUCCUGGAGUCAAGCCCCAGAUCCAGAAGGUCCUGGAGCAGCGGAUGACGGGUUUUCUGGUAGCUGUUCUAGUCGGUCUGUCCAUCGUGAUGGGCGGCGUUCUGCGCCAGAUACCGUUGGCCGUCCUCUUUGGGAUCUUCCUGUACAUGGGUGUGAUGUCACUGAAUGGCAUCCAGUUGACGGAGAGGCUGGUUCUGCUGCUGAUGCCGUCGAAGCACCACCCAAACUACAGCUACACUCGUCAGGUCCGGAGUCUGAGGAUGCACCUGUUCACCCUGGUCCAGCUGAUUUGUCUGUCCCUCCUGUGGCUUGUCAUGGCCACUGCGGCGGCGCUGGCGUUCCCCUUUGUACUGUUGCUAACAAUUCCAGUGAGGAUUUUCCUUCUACCACGACUCUUCAACCACCAGGAGCUGCAGAGCCUCGACAGUGAUGAUGCGGAGCUCCACCUACAGGAAGGCGAGGGUCAGGACGAGCAUUCUGAGAUGCAGUUGGCCGUGUGACCUGCAGCUGCAGCAGUGAUUGGUGGAGCCUGACCUGUUGUAACCAAUCACGUGGCCUUUAAAGGCACAGUUCAUUUAUUGGCUUAAAAAUAAUUCAGGAUGUGAAU